CUCACACCUCAUCUCAUCCAACCGACUCCAAAGUCCUGACUCAGGAACUGAGUCAAAUGACUCACCGAGUCAUGGCCUUAUCGACUAUCUUCCUCUUCCUCCUCAUCUCCACAAGCAAUGCCAUUGAUCCCUGCACUUCUCCACCUUCCCAAUCCGACGGCUCAGAUCUCUCCAUCCUCCACAUCUACAGCCCAUGCUCCCCUUUCUCUCCACCUAGGCCCACCUCAUGGUUUAACACAGUACUAAACAUGGCCACUAAAGAUCCCAACCGAGUCACCUACCUAUCUUCCCUCGUAUCACAGAAAACAUCCGUCCCAAUCGCAUCUGGCCAACAGAUACUACAAACUGCAAAUUACGUCCUCCGAGUCAAACUCGGCACACCGGGCCAACUCAUGUUCAUGGUCCUAGACACCAGCAGCGACACUGCAUGGGUCCCAUGUUCCGGUUGCACCGGUUGCUCAUCGACCGUAUUCACACCCACCACCUCAUCAACAUACCAAUCCCUAGACUGCAACGAGCAACGGUGCACCCAAGUCCGAGGCCAGUCGUGUCCCGCCACAGCAUUGGGCCCAUGCUUCUUUAAUCAAUCCUACGGCGGAGAUUCUUCGAUAUCAGCAUCACUUGUACAAGACUCACUGCGUCUGGCUCUCGACAUCGUGCCGAAUUACGCAUUCGGCUGCAUAAAUGCUGUCGCCGGUGGUUCGAUACCGAAACAAGGGCUACUAGGACUGGGCCGUGGGUCUCUGUCAUUGAUAUCUCAAACGGUCCCAUUAUACAAUGGUAUCUUCUCUUACUGCCUUCCCAGCUUCAAAUCCUACUACUUCUCUGGCUCGUUGAGGCUCGGUGCUGCCAGUCAGCCGAAGAUUAUCAAGACCACACCAUUGCUCCAGAACCCGCACCGCCCGUCACUCUACUAUGUGAAUUUGACCGGCAUUAGCGUCGGGAAGAAGCUCGUCGCCCUUCCGAUAGACAUUCUAACAUUCAAUCCAAGCACUGGUGCAGGCACCAUCAUCGAUUCCGGAACUGUUAUCACACGUUUCAUCGAGCCUGUUUAUGCAGCGGUGCGGGAUGAGUUCCGAUCGCGGAUGAAUGGGACAAUAACGUCGUUGGGAGCGUUCGACACGUGCUUUGAUACAGAGGUGAAUCCGGCGGCGCCGCUUGUGACGCUGCAUUUCAGUGGGAUGGAUGUGGUGCUGCCGGUGGAGAACACGCUCAUACAUAGCAGUGCAACACCGCUGGCGUGCUUGGCUAUGGCGUCGGCGCCGAAUAAUGUGAAUUCGGUGUUGAAUGUGAUUGCGAAUCUGCAGCAGCAGAACCAUAGGAUUCUCUUCGAUCUUGUGAAUUCUCGUUUGGGAAUUGCAAGAGAGAACUGUAACUAGUUUCUCUUUCUCUGUUCUGUUAUGUUAUUUAUGUUCAGAUCUGCUCUGUUCUUCUUCUUCUU